UUCUCCUGACGCCUUCUCCUCCGCGGUCAACAAGGGCCCCUCCACACCACAGACAUGGCCUGCUACGACCUCUGCCGCCCCUGCGGACCCACCCCGCUGGCUAACAGCUGCAACGAGCCCUGUGUCGGGCAGUGCCAGGACUCCCGCGUCGUCAUCCAGCCUCCCGCCGUGGUCGUCACCCUCCCAGGACCCAUCCUCACCUCCUUCCCCCAGAACACCGCCGUCGGAUCCUCCUCAUCGGCUGCCGUGGGCAACGUCCUCAGCUCCCAGGGAGUGCCCAUCUCCUCCGGUGGCUUCGGCUACGGCUUCGGAGGCCUGGGCUGCUUCAGCGGCAGAAGAGCCUGCUACCCCUGCUAA